AUGGCGGUGCUUCCUGCUGGGGAUGGCGGCUUGCUCGGCCGGGCGACUAGUUCUGGCCUAGUCAGUCGGUGGCUGACUUCCUGUCUGGGUCAGCAUCCCAUAGACAGUAAAAGUAUGUCCGUGCCGUCCACGGGGCUGGUGGACAUGAACCGGGGUGGGAUCGGGGUUGGGGUGGUGGCCGUAGAGGGGCUGUGGGGCGUCUGUAUCCACAUCACCUUCCUCCUGAAGACCCUGCUGAAGAUGGAGGAGUCGGUACUGGUGCUACCCCCUUGGGGCCGCUUCUACCACUGGCAGAGCCCCGACAUCAACCAGGUUCGGAUUCUCUGGUCCAACUUCUUUGAUCUCCCAAGUCUCAACAGAAACAUCCCUGACAUUGAGUAUGAGCAGUUCACUGCAGCCUAUGAAUCUAACCUCAUCUAUGAUGGUCUGCAGCUGGGAGCAACCAGAUCAGUUUUGGAUGACAAGCAUGUAUUUGUAAAAGUACACACCCUGUGGGAGGUGCUGUGUACAUAUGUUGAGAUACUGCACAUAAAAUUGCCUCUGAAACCCUAUGAUCUGAAAACCUGGUCCUCAGGCUUCUAUAAUUUCUGCUGUUUUAUGAAAGUCCUCCAAGGGGAUGAAAGUAUCAUCAAGCCAGAGCAAGAAUUUUUCACUGCCCCAUUUGAGAAAAGCUGCAUGAAUGAUUUUUAUAUUCAGGGUAGAGAUAUGUUCUUCAACCCAGCCACCAGAAGCUACAUUGUUUACUUCAUCUUUUCUCAGAUCAAGUAUCAAGUAAGGGACAACAAAAAAUUUGGGAUUAACAAGCUUGUGAGCAGCAGGAUCUGCAAGACAGCUUUCCCUCCCCAUGAGUCUAGGUUCCUCAGGGUGUCCAAGGACCUCAUCUGUCCCAGCAAACAGGACCUUCUGUACAAGGAAUGGGCUCAUCCUCAAAGAAUACACAAACAGCCCUUGGAUCUCAUCAGGAAAUUCCAUGGAGAGAAGGUCAGAAUCUACUUUGCUUGGCUGGGCUAUUACACUCAGAUGCUCCUCCUGGCAGCAGUCGUGGGAGUGGCUUGCUUUCUCUGUGGAUAUUUUAAUCAAAAUAACUGUACCUGGAGAUAA